UGGCCCCUCUAUCGGUGUCGCUGUUGGGGCGGCCUCAGCAGCUGAUCGCUGGUGCUGUGGCGUCGCUGCGCUGUGUCGCUGAGGGCAGCAGACCACCAGCACAGGUCACCUGGUUCAAGGAUAACAGGAGUUUUGAAAAAGAUAAGGUGACAGACCAUUCAAACGAGACGUGGUCAGUCAGCACCCUCGUAUUCACCCCCAUGCCGACUGACAAUGGAGCUACGAUAAAGUGCGUCGCUUCCAACCCCUCGCUGCCGACCAAGGCCAUCGAUGACCAGCUGCAGCUCAAUGUUGUGUAUACUCCCCUAGUGACGCUGAGCUUAGGAAGUACGCUUAAACCCCACGACAUCAAGGAAGGUGACGACGUAUACUUCGAGUGCAAUGUACGUGCCAACCCCCGGGAACAUCGUAUAUCGUGGUACCAUAACGACAGGCCGGUGACGCAGAACAUGACGUCAGGCAUCAUCCUCAGCACCCGCUCUCUGGUGCUGCAGAGGGUGACCAGAAGAGAAGCUGGUGGCUACUCCUGCAGGGCAGCCAACGCUAGGGGGGAGACUUCGAGUGACAUUGUCAGGCUGAGAGUGCAAUACGCUCCAGUGUGCGGCGAGUCAUCGCCCCAGGUGGUGGGCGCAGCGCUGGACGAAGCGCUGCGCGUGCGCUGCUCAGUACACGCUGACCCUGCUGACGUCACGUUUCUAUGGCAGUUCAACAACAGUGGGGAGAGCUUCAACGUGUCCCCCGCGCGGUAUGCAACAGUGAAUGGGAGUAUCAGCGAGCUCCGCUACACCCCAGCCAGUGAGAGGGACUACGGAGCGCUGACGUGUAGAGGGACCAACUCCGUGGGGAGGCAGGAGCAGCCUUGUGUCUUCCAAAUUGUACCCGCAGCUCGUCCAUCGCCACCACGGAACUGCUCAGUCACUGCAGGGAACACCACCAACUGGAUCGAGGAAAACCAUGAGGAUUCUGAUGUGCUGGUAGUCCGCUGCGUAGCAGGUUACGAUGGCGGUUUACCACAGCUGGUGGUUCUAGAAGCUCUGGAUUCGGAUACUGGAGUUGUUAGGUUCAAUGUCACUGCUAAUGAAACUGAUGGUGUGGCCCUAUUCCUAGUGCCCGCUUCAGUGCUGUGGUCGAGCGGACAUUCCCUUCGCCUCACGGUGCAUUCGCGGAACGACAAAGGCGCUUCCGAACGCAUCAUGGUGCACGCUCUGGCAUACCAGGACGCGGAGAGAAGAACGGAUGGAAGUAUUAGCAUGAUGGCUGGCGUGUCAAAGGCAGCGUUCUGGUCCAUCGUAUUCACAGUCGUGGUUUGCGCUAGCGCAGCUGCAUUCACAGGGUACUUCAUUCGUAAAAAGAGAAGCAGACCACCAACGAAGCAGCAGUCGUCCGAGCUGCAACUGAACGCAGGGGAUAGCCAGUACGUGGUCGCGUACACUUUGAAGCCUCCCAGGCAAGCGCAGCCGGACAUAUUGAAUCCACCACCAGAUGGGGGUCCUCCAGUGAAGGGCGUGGAGGCUGUCAAAAAUGGGCCACUUGCGAGCGACGAGUGGCGCGCCGAUCGCGGCCCAGUGCGUACGCUUGAAGAGCAGAGGAAUCAAGUCAGACUGCAUCCUAUACCUAAGGUGGCUGUUCCGUGGCACACCAUACACGUUGAUUUGACCGGCAAGCUCAGCGGCAAAAGCGACAAAAAAGAAUAUGUCUCGUUAAAGCUCUUAAAAAAGCAGUAA